ACUAAUUGUGUUUUGGACCUUUCCAAGAGUCCUUUGAUUCAGGUGAAAGUGAGGUCUCAACUCAAGGAUGCUGGCUUGUACAGCAUCAGUGAUCAUUUAGCCAGUCUCUGUAUGGGCCAGAUUAAGAGGUUCAUCAACAGAAUGUAUCUCAAUACUGUGUCUCAUUGUUGCAACUCAUUUCUGCAGCAGACAAGAUUAAAUUUGCUAAUAAGCAUGGCAGCUAUUCAUCACAUGCCUGCCAAGUCCAUCUUAGGCUUGAAAUGUCCUCUGAAAUCAGAGGGAAGAAGAUGCAUUAGGGAUUAUGUUUGGAGGCUGCUGGUAGAAUUGCCUGAAAAGCCAGCCUUGGCAGUGAACAGCGGGAGGAACGGAGGAUGGACCUUGUAA